CCAAUCCCUGAGGUAUUUAGACAUGCAUCACAGGUAAAUAUAUUCAAUACCUGCAAAGUAUAUAAAGCAUCACUGUGCUGAUAAGAGUAGUAUAAGGAACCUGUGGUACUUACCUGUUCAUCAAGAUGAAGCUGCUUCUUUCUCUGACUCUCUUCUGGGCGCUCUCCAGCACAGGUGGAGCACUUCUGUGUCAAACUUGCACAAAUCCAUCAUGUUCUACCACAGUCCCACUUACAUGUUCCUCUGGGAUGUGUAUAACAGCCUCCAUUCAAGCCAUUUCAUUUGGGACUCCAGGACAGCAAAUCUACAAGGCGUGUGCACCGUCCUCCCUGUGUCCAGCCACAGGCUCUCAGACAUUUUCAGUUAACUUGGGUGUUUUGAGUGUACUUGCAUCUGCAAAGUGCUGCAACACAGAUAACUGCAACUCAGCCAAUCUGCCUGCCCCUGCAGCUGUGUCAGCUAAUGGCCUUCAGUGUUUCUUUUGUAACCCCAUCACCUCUCAAUGCAACAGUUUGGUACAAUGUAAGGGAACAGAGGAUCGCUGUUUUGAAGCCAGUGUGGGAAGUGGGUCGACCACUAUUUCAGCUCGUGGUUGCACGUCUGUAAACAUGUGUGGAGCUGGUUCCAUCCUGGGAAGUGUUGGUAACAUCAGUGGACUCACCUGUUGUGGCACCAAUUUAUGUAAUACUCUAACUGCAACAACUACAACUGUUCCAACAACUACAACUGUUCCAACAACUACAACUGUUCCAACAACUACAACUGCUGCAACAACUACAACUGCUCCAACAACUACAACUGUUCCAACAACUACAACUACAACUGUUCCAACAACUACAACUGUUCCAACAACUACAACUGUUCCAACAACUACAACUGCUGCAACAACUACAACUGCUGCAAUGACUACAACAACUGCUGACCCAACAACAACAAUCUCCACCUCAGCCGCAGCUAUAACUACUGCAAGUGACGCCUGUUGUAUCAGACUGGGUAUGAUCCAUCUGCUGAUCGGACUCCUUGUCUUUACUGUCUAUUAGAACAUAGGAAGAAAAUGGGACCAGAGAAGCCACCAGAAAGCCUUUGAAAGACCCCUUUGAAGUCUAACUUUGCAUUUACUCACUGCCAUCUUUAGCAAGUAAUUACAGGGGCUAAAAGAAAUUAUAAAUUUAGGAAAGGGGGUUGGAGUCCAGGGGAAGCUGAUGUGGGAUAAGAAGGCACCAAUGCAACAGACACAUAGGCUUCAGGAACACAAAACAAAGGUGGCACAACCUUUUGUCACAGUUUUCAUUUUCUUGGUACAUAUUUGCUUUGAUUUUCUCUCAAAUGUUUGUGUAUUUCAAAUGGACUGAAUGCUCUGUCAUUAUAUAAUAUGUUAUGCUGUGACAAAGAAGAAAAUCUGUCCUCAUUUUAAAGACAACAUGUUUUUGUUACUCUGACUAAAAUUGGGCUGUAUGUCAUCUGUUAAAUUUAAGAAUAUAAAUCCACUUGAAAUUAUAAUUAUCAUAAUUUAUACUGACAUCUCGCCAGUUACACAGUACACGUUGAAAUCCAAAAGAAGUUGCCAGCCAAUGACAGUGUUCUUGCAACCAGUGAUGUAGCAGCUGUUAACAAGGUACACAAGACUUAUAGUGCUAUCUCAUUCUAAAAAAAAAUAUUUCUGCAUAAUGAAGUCCACACAAAAAUACAUUUUCAUGUAAGAUACCGACUAAGCGCAAUGCAGCUUUCAGUAUCCUUUCUGUAAAAAAAAUGUUCUAAAUAAUAAAUUGUUCCUAUUCA